AUGGAGCUGUACCUCAGUGCCUGCUCCAAGACUGCCAACGUGGCGGCCAACAAGGCAGCUACCAGCAAAGUGGCUGAAGACAGUCAGCAAUGCGGAGAUGGGACACACAAAACCCCAAUUCCAGGGGUGGGAGCCGCUCAACUCCUGGAUCUUCCUCUUGGGGUCAAGCUGCCUAUGAUCCCAGGAACUGAUACUGUAUAUUUUACUACGAAUAUCAGUGAAAAGCUUUUUCGACCUUCCUAUGGUUUUAACCUGAGUGAUCCUUACUGUCGACUUUUGGAAACUCAAUAUAAAAGUCUCCAUGACCCACAUUUAAGAACAUAUUACAAGCGCAAAGAUAUUCUAAGGAGACUAAAGAAAGGUGGCUACAUCACCAGCAAUAAUAAAAUUGUAUGUAGCUUGAGGGAGCUAAACAAAUACCGGCAAUACCUUACCAGCUUAAAAUUAGACUUUGAAAGAAACUAUUUAAGAGAACAGGAAUUGAUUUCAAAACAGCUACAUAAGCUGCAAGAAACCAGCCAACUUCCUAACUGUUCUGACGUCUCACGGUUCCAGAACUGGUUGUUACAGGAGAAUACUCAGUCUAUUAAGGACCAAGAACGUCUGUUAAGGCAUAGAUAUUUAGAUAUGAUAAGUAAAGAAUUGGAUCAACUUGAACGCACAACACAAGAGCAGCGCAUACUCCGCAUGGACAGAGAAGAGAGACGGCAGCGGGAAUACACACGAAAAAAACUUAGUCUUCGUAGAAAAAUUGAAGAGGAAUGGAAGACAAAGGAGAUGCUGCUCCUCUCGAAGAUUGGAGAAGACGUUAAGAGAGAACAGAGGGUAGAAGAACAAAGGCGGAGAAGCCGAGAAGAGAGCGACAGGAAGAAACAAGCAUUGCUAGAGAAAAAAAUGGCUUAUCAUAUACAAAAAAUGCAGGAUACUGGCAUUAAAGAUGACAUGGGAAGAAAUGCAUUUGAAUAUAAAGGACAAAAUGGAACUACUUAUGAAUCUUCAACAAAGAAGAAAAAGAAGCAGUUUGAUGAUAUAAAAGUACUUUAUCCUGAUACUGAGCUGAAACCAUGUAAAGGAACAUCAGAAGCAGCAACUAUACUUAAUCAGUCUCCGAGCAGUGCAAAGAAUAUUACAAAAAUAUCAGCAUCCUCAGUUGCUUAUCAAACAGAAGUGUACAACAGCAUUUCAGAACAAAAGAGAAAUGGAGUAACGAAAAAAAUAAGUGAGGAAAGAGUUCCUGCAAACAUAUCAACUAGAGAUUCAAUUAUUUCAGCUCAAAAUUCACCCACAAAGAAUAAUGGAAUUUCACGGUCAUCUUUAGGUCUUCAAAAAGAAGAGAAGGUGAUGCAGGAUGAUUGGAAUGGGAGACCAAGCAGGAAAUCCAGCUAUGCUGUUGAACCAGGACCUCAGGGCGGUGCUCCACCGCAGGGUAUCCUUUCUUCUCCUGUUUACUCACAUAUGCAACAAAAUCUACAAAACUGCUUGCAAGAUAAAGUAACUUCUGAAGAACUAAAUAGCAUAAUUCAAAAUAUAAUGACUUGGGUUGUAGCUACAGUAACCAGUGUAUUGUAUCCGGCCAUCACGAAGUAUGAGGAAAGAGUGCAGAGCAAUGUGUACCCAGUGUCUGAUGACUCAGACCUCUCUUCAGAUAGUUCAAGCUUCUGCAGUACGUGCAGUGAGGGCUUUACCUUCAGAAGCUACACAGCUGACAUGUUUCCAGUAGAUCUGUGUGCAUUUGCCAAUGAUGUGCCAGCCAAGAAUCCACCCUCACCUCCUUCCUCUGCACAUGCGGAAAGCACAGGUACUGGCACAACAUUUCAAAGGAAAGGACAAUCUACAAGUUCAUCAGUCAAUUACAAAAAAUCCACGUCAGACUAUCCAAUUACGAGAGUAGGCAGCAGUAAAUCUGACAGUCAACUUUUAACAUCAUUGGAAACAAGCACUAAAAUAUCCAAAGAUGCUACCACAGAAACAGAGAGUUUAGAGAUUCCGUUGCAUUAUGAUAAAAAAGCAAAGGCCAUAGAAGAAAUGAAAAAGCUGAAGAAUGUCUUAGUAAACUUUAAAUGUCACUUGAAAGGAGAAACAAAACUUAUUUUAGAAAGUAUUUUUCAAGAACUAAUGUCUGACUUAAGCCAGGCCAUUCCUUCUCUCUCUUCCGUAACAGCUGAAGUUUUUGUUGACCAGUCUGAUGGAGAGAGAGAAGAGUUGCUGUCCAAUGUUGACAUAUGCUCAGUAGCUUCAGAGAUUGUGGAAAACAUGCUUGAGAAGCUAGAGUCUGCUGUUGAGAAAAAAUGUGUACAGAUGUAUUCACAAGAAGAUUUUUCAGUGGACAUUAACCCAAGUAUAUCAGCUAGUGGUGAAUAUUUAUUAACCAUAGAAACAAAAACCUCUGAAGACACACUGUCUCAUACUUUGGAGCCAAUGUGUGAUAUUGCAGAUGAUAUGGUACAUUCCAUUUUAGAAAAACUCAAGACUCUUGCAUCUUAUAAGAAAAAUGAACUUCUUCCUGAAGAUACAACUAAACAUUUCCACCAAAAAAUUAAGACAGAGCCAACACACAAAGUCCAUCAAAAAACAGACCAAAAGAAAUCUAGUCCUGCAUCUGAUGCUGCUAAUCUCAUUGUGAAAGAAGAGAUACAAAACUUAAUAUCAAAUAUUUUUUCACAGUCCUCUCUAGUUGGUCAUGUAGAAGAAGCAAUCAGCACUAUACUAGGCUAUGUCCAAACUGAACUCAAUAAUGAGAGACUUUUCGCAUCUGAAGAAACAGUGGUACUUCUUCAGUUACUAGAUGAUGUCUUAACUCAGCUUCACUGGGAUCCAGUAAAAACUGGUGUUAAAAAACACAGACAACCCAGAGUACGAAGUCUUUCUAACCCUGAAGAAAAGUACAGACUUGCUGGCCCUAGAUCACUUAAUGGUCUUAGGACUAAAAGACCAUUUCCACCUGUUAAUGUCCCAGGCAUGGUUCUUUAUUCUGAGGACGAUGAUGAGGAAAUAGAUAACUUGGUGCAAAGCGUACUUGAUUCAUCUUUCAGUGAUGAAAAAAUAAAACCACAAGAGCAUACUCCUCACCAUUGGCCUACAAAGAGGGAUACUUGUUUCAAAUCUAAAAGUAAUAAACCAUCAACAAAACUUACUUCUCAGGGCAAAGCGGAAUGUCAGGACUGCGGGUUAAAGUUGGAGUUAUCUGUCAGCAGUGAUGACAUUACCAAGACAAAGCACCAUCUGAGGACUGAUGCUUCAAUUUUCAGCCAAGACCAAAAGCACCAAAUACAAAAAGCUUCCGAAAACAUUGUAAAACAUAUUUUAAUAGAAAUGAUUAGUGAUAUGUCUUCCGUUUCAUCUAGUCCCUCAGGAAGCAAGCUUGAUGAAGAUGCUCCUCCUUAUGCUUUCAUCUCAGAAACUUCUGAAAGACUAGCCGAUCAAGGGUGUUUGGGAAAGAUGUUCUCUGGGUCAGAAAUUCAAGUGUUUGCACAAGAAAUAACAGAUUCUGUGAUAAAUAUACUUUAUAAGGCCUCAAAAUAUAUUCCUAAUACCAUUAAAAAUGCUUUUAAUCAAACUUGUCUAUAUCAUUCUGACAUUCCCUACAUAUCCAAAGAUACAUCAAGUAAAACACCAUUCAACGUAUGGUUUGACAGUGAAAAGAAAAUGAAAUAUUUAUCUUCUCUCAACAUAGAGCUCGAAAACAAUUCUCGGUUAAGGUCUGGAGAAUGUGAGUCUAAACGUGUAAAUGAUAUCACUGAUAAGAUUAUCAAUACGAUUUUUAAAAGCCUAAAGUUAUUUAUUUGUCCUAAGUUGCAGACAAGCAACAAAUCUUCACUGGUAGGGAAAUCAUUACAUUCUCAACUUAGUACUUACACAAUGAAAAUAGUCAACAUUGUUUUGCAGGCUAUACAGAAUGAACUGGAAAUCAGCAAGAUAAACCCAAAUCCUAGGGAACUAAGCCAUACCAAGUGUCACACAAGCAAAGCAUGGCUUACUGAUUCCAGCGAAGCAGUAGACUGCUAUGGCAUCGGUGUCAAGGAGAGUAUGGAAAGUCCGUUACUGACAUGUAUCUGUGAAAUGAUAUCAAGUACAAACAAAGAUCAAACAAAAUUUUCACCCUCUACAGAUAAGGCAAUACCUACAACUUUAUGUGGAUCUGAAGACAUUAAUAAAAAGAACAUUUUGCUAAAUAAACAAGAAAGAAGUUCUUUUCGCCAAUAUUUGGCUACACCAUGUAUUCACCACAGUGUUGCUAAUGAAAAGGACAUUAAGGAUAGUCCCAAAUUGCAGGUAUUAGAUCGAAUUGGGGAAACACUGCAUGAAAUGUUAUGCAAACUCACAGGUGACCACCCUGAUUCUCAGCCAUCUUGCAAUCAGGAAAACACAGAGAAGAACUUACACAAGAAUACUCCAACACUACCUAAUGUUCAGCUCCUUUCCAAAGGAAUUCUGGAAUAUGUCCUUGCAAAAUUAUGUGAUGUUAAUAUAGAUAACAGCACCAAAAAUUCUGGAUUGAAAACUGCCUCAGAAUCACUUGAUAUCGACAAUCUAUCAUUUGCUUCAACUCUGGAGGAAAUGGCCAAGUGCACCAACAUGAUCUCUAAAAUAAUUUCCAAAAUUAUGGCCGAAAAUGAAGAAAAACAUGCAGCACCUUCCAAUAUAGAGAAAUCAAAAGAAAUGUGCCCAAGUAAAGUAAAAACUGUUGCUUCAGAUAUUCUUAACAUGGUUUUUGCUAAACUGGAAAGAUUUGCCAGUGGAAAUGUCGAAAAUAUUGAUGUUCUCAAUGAUGAAAAUAAAAAAGAGAAUACGGCAGGUUGGGAAUGUGAAAGCAACAGUUCUCUCACAGAGUCCCAUGAUAAAUCAUUGUUAUCUGCUCUGUACACUUAUUCUAAGAAGGUAUCAAAUGUUAUUUUGAAAGCCAUUCAAACGGAAUUAAAUAUGAACCCCUCAGAUUAUACGGAAGAUGUAAGAGGCUCACCACAGGAGACACAAAUGCUUACAAAAAUAGUCGACUUAAUUGUAGGAGCCGUAUCUUCUGAUAUGUUUGCUGAACCUGAAUGUGAGAACAAAGGCAUGGAAAAUCAUGGAUACAGACCAACUUACGGAAAUUUCCUUCCCGGAGGAGCUGAAUCAGAGGCAUAUCUAGAUGAUGACACACAAAGUAAAAAACUCAUUAGAGAUAGAACAUCAUGCGGAGAAGAAAUGAGAAGCUUUUCUACUAACCAGUGGAUUCUGGAAAGAACCUUAAACAAAAUUGAAGUGAAACUCAAAGAACCACACAAAUCUCCAAUUGUUCCCAUUAUAAGAAAUAUUUUGAAUGAAAUCUUUCAAAGUGCUCUAAUCAACCAGUUAAAGUUGGUUUCUCUCUCUCAUUUUCGUGGCAUGGCCCACAAUGCUCCUGUGUCGACUACUCAAACGUCUGCUCAUUCCACAGAUCAUCUAAUGGUCCCUUUAGUGUCAGACACAGAUGUAACUGUCGUGGUAAAUGACGUCGUUAGGACAGUGUUUCACAAGCUGUAUUCAGCUGCCAUGACAGGAAAGCAUGUAAGUGAAAACAGAUGCGGAGCAAUCAUCUUUUCAAGCAAUGUUUCUUUUUGCGAGCCCGCCUACGGAAGAAGCUCCCCUGUCAGUGCACUGAGCGGGCAUCCGUGUGACCUUCAGCCCGGCUGGAAUGUUGACAAACAGACCAGAAUAAAUGUAGUGGAAGAUAUCGUGCAGGCAAUAUUAGAAAAUUUAGAAACGUUUGCUGCUUCCAAAGUAGAAUCACUUGUUUGUCCCCAAGUCGAUUUCAGAGUCCCAGUGACUUUGCCAGUAGAGCAGGAAGGGGGAACACUAAGCAAAACUUUGUCAUGCAAAGAUUCAUAUUCUGAUGAGCAGCUUCCCUGUUGUCCAGUAGAUCAUAGUAAUCCAGGAAGGAUGGACUCAUGGUGCCAACUGUCUUUGUCCAAAUUAAAUACUUAUGCAAAAGAAGUGGCUCGGAAAAUUUUACAAGGCAUCAAGCUUGAGUUAGACAAAGAACAGUGUGGCCCUCUCUUGCCAAGUAAUAUUGUGGUCUCUGAGAAUAUCGCAAGUCAGAUUGUCAACACCGUGCUGGACAUUGUGUCAUGCAAGGACACGUGUGAGAGAAACAGCUCUGACAGAGAGGGCUGCUCAGGUGAGCGGGAUGCUAUUAUUGAAAGGCUAGUCAAUAGGACAGAAUAUGGAAAAAUACUCGAGUUUCAAAUUCAAGAUACCAUUGAAGGGAUCUUAUGUGAUAUUUAUGAAAACAUCGUGUGCAAGAAUAACCUCUCACCGGCCACACCAACUCUGAAGUACAGUAUACCUGGCAAACACCCAAAAGCAAAAUUUGAACCAGUUAUUACGGGUAUAAAUAUUAUUCCUAAGGUGUCAGUACCUAAAGCAGAUGUAAUUUUGGUGUCCAAGGAUAUAGUGGACAUUGUGCUUUGUAAACUUACUUCUUUGGUCAUGCUUGCCAUAAAUGCAAAGGACUGUGCUUCCACAAGAUUGGCCUUCUGUGAUAUGUUUCCAAAAUCACUGUGUCAACAGCCUCUUUCUAUAACACAAGGAACUGAGGGAAAACCAGAGGACACCAAGGAGCCUGCUCCUGACCCAUGUGAGGAAAAUGCCAACUUUAUUACCGAAACUAUUUUCAAUCGGUUACAAUCUUUUGCCACUGAAAGAAUGAAUUCAUUAAUGACUCUUGCCUUUCAGUCUAAAGAAAAUGUAUUUGCUAGCCCAGAAUUGGAACAUGGUGAACAAGAUGACAGCAGUUUUCAUGAAUUAGGCCAAGUUGAAUCUGAUGUGAAUGUCCUAAAAUUAUCAACAACCAAAGCUGUCUCUAGCCAAGAGCUUUCAGAACCCAUUUUUGCCAGCUGCAAAAAAAAUUUUGGAAGUACAAUCCAUUUAUCACAAACUAGCCUUAAGGAUUAUGCCGACUUCCUUGCCAGUGCUAUUUUGAAGCUUAUUAAAAAUGACUUAGAUUUAGAGAUGCAAAGUAUCAAGAUGCACACAUAUUCAAACCACGUUUUAUUUCAAAAAAAUAUGAUUGUGAGUGAAAUUGUUACUAGUAUCUUAAAGAUUUUACACAAUAAAGAAUCUGUAAAGCAAUUUUUUUUAUCCUCACCGGGAAAUCCUACAUGUUCCCAGUUAACCAUAUCAAAUGAGGUUUUGCUGGGAUACAAUGAGAAGGAAAAACCUGACACAUUACCACAGUGUACAAAUAAUCUCUUAGAAGAAAACCAAAUCGCAUUGGAAAAUGAAAGCCAGAGAGUUGUUUUGGAAGAAAUAUUUAUGAGAAAAGGAGAAUCAAAAUCAAAAGAAAAAAAUGAAAAACUCAGGGCCGUGGAAGAGAUUUUGAAGACCUUGAAUAAAAAAAUAAUGGAAAUGGUAGGCCACUUAGCCCCAUUUAAUAAAAUCCCCUAUGUUGUGUCUAAAUGUAGAAGUAAGACAUCAGCUAUAACACAGAAGAAAUUCUUUCAAUCGCAUAUUGACAAUGUAUCAAAUAAUAUAGUGGAAAAUAUUUUGGGAGAAAUGCACUCGGUGAUUGUGACAUCAUUGUACAAAAAUAAAAAAAGCAGGAGAGAAUUAGAAAUUAAGGACAACAGCUCAUCAGUAAGGCCGCAAUGCUUUAGAGAAACUAAGCCAACAAGAAAAAGAAGUGACCCCCUUAGACUCGGGAUACCACAGAUGUAUCCUCAUGCUGACAGCUUGAAUGCUCUUGUGCUAGAAAACACUCUCUUGCCGUAUUCAUCACUGCAAAUUGGAAGAUACUUAGUUCAAAUAGUUCUUGAUAAGUUAUCAAACUUUGUCUCCAUGCACCUAGAAGAGAGGUUUCCCCCUGAUGGUAGUUAUGAUGACUUGUACCUUCUUAGGCUACAAAAUUCUAGACUUAGCCCAAAGAACAGCCCUAGGCCAGGAUGUAAAACAAGUUUAAAAGCGAGAUCAAAAAUCACCUCUCUCUCUAAAUCUAAAACAAAGCCACAUCUCGGCAUUAGUGGUAGUAAGUCUAAAAGCAAGACCCAGUUAGCUGCUGGAGAGAAGACUCCCAAAGAGAACCGAUCUAAAACCGCCACUGGGCUGCCACAGACUCCACCUGCAGAGGAUGCCAAAACCAUACUGAAAACAAAGCUCCCAGUCUCAGAAUUAAGAAUUUAUGCGAAGGAUAUAAUAACUGAUAUCUUAGAAAUAAUUAUGAAAGACCUUGAAAGAGCUGCACAGAGCAGAGCCAGCGUGACUCCGAAAGCCUUACCAUCUGAGCAGAUGCUUGAAGCAAGUGAAAUUGUUCAUUCGGUGUUGCAGGAGCUGCACACUGCAAACGACCAUGACUUGGCUUCUCCAGUUAACCUCUCACAUCUGGAUGACCUUCCCCUACCAAAGCAGAAUCUGGGUGCAGGUUCACCUGCGGAGAAACAGGCAUGUUUUUACUUAGAGAAUGUUUCUUCACAACUAGAACAAAUUUUUCCUAAAGAAGGUAUAUUUAAAACAAUGUUUGACAAAUGGCAAACAGAAACAAGUGAAACAGAAAAUGAAAAGUCUAAACUUUUAACCAUAGCUGAAAACAUUUUGACUGAAAUUUCAAUUAAAGCAAAAGAUUUAGAGUACUCACUUUCACUUUUAAAUUUGCCACCUCUUGAAGACUAUGAAAACAGACUCUAUGACCGUUUUAAAGGCAGCGCUACGAGAGCUGCAGACACAAAAGCACAAAUCAAUAUGUUUGGACGGGAAAUUGUAGAGAUGCUAUUUGAAAAAUUACAGCUCUGCUUCCUGUCUCAGAUACCGACUCAAGACAGUAAGCGAACUUUAACCAGUGGGAAAGAACUCGCUGCCGUGAAAGGUAAGUAUGGUGUCCCAGGCAGGCGCCUCCUCAGCAACGCAAAGACCUGCAACAUGAGGACGAAAGGCCAAGUGACAAUGAGCCCAGGCAACCGCAUUGUACCAGAGAUUGUACAAAGAGUCUUAACCAUGUUGGAGUCAUUUGUGGACCUGAAGUUUAAGCAUAUCUCUAAAUAUGAGUUUUCUGAAAUUGUGAAAAUACCUAUAGACAAUCUUUUUCAAGUGCAACAGAGACAAUUAAGCAAAAAGAUGUUGCCGAAGUUACAGCCAUUUCGAGCCUUUGGUGAUGAAUCAAAGUCAAGUACAAAUGUAUCCAAGGAUAAUGUGCAAAAUACACUCCUACAGGUUCAUUUAUUCCAUUCAGAAUUACUUACAUAUUCUGUCACUACUGUCAGUGACAUGCUUAGUUUAAUCAAGAAUAAGCUAGACAAGGAAAUAAGCCAAAUGGAACCAUCUCCGGCCAGCAUACUGAGCGAGAAUAUUGCUGCAAGUGAGAUUAUUGGUACACUGAUAGACCAAUGUACUCAUUUCAGCGAGUCUUUGAUCACAAACCUUGCAAGCGAAAAUUGGUUCAAAGGAACCGAGAAUGUUUACAUUGUUAAUGAGGUUGGAUUCACAGCUGAUGUGAAAAUGUCUUCAUCCACAAUGAGGGGCAUCAACGGAAGGAGUGAAACUGCGCCAAGCCAGGUACCUGGCGGGGCGCCUAACUCAGAGGGUGGCGUGAAUGAAAAGUGCAGUGCUGUCCACACCAGUGCCGACGGAGAAAACGCAGUUCAGAGCUUGGAGCCAAUGGGAAGGCCCAGCUCAAAAGCUGGGCCAUCCUGUUCUAGAAGCAAGUCACAGGACCACAGCCACAGGACACUAAACCCUGGACAUUUUGAGGAAUCCUCAAGAGGUAACAGCUUUCUCCCUGAAGGCAGCAUGCUACAAAAAUUGUUUAAAAGAGCAAGCGAUUCCACAGAGGAGUCACUGAAACAAGUCAUGUCGUUUAUAGAAAUGGGGAAAGGUACAAACCCGAGGGUUUUUCAUUACGAGGCCACCAAUCCAGCUGAGCCAGAUGAGAUCCAGACAAAUGCUUCUCCGCUUAGGAUAUGCUUAGCUGCGGAAAAUAUAGUGAACACUGUACUGUCCAGCUAUGGCUUUCCCCAAGAGCCACACCCUGAGGAAGGCGUGGAGACCAUGAAGCCAUUCUUUAUGUCAAAGCAGAAUUCUCUGUCUGAAGUAUAUGAAGGACAAAUGAAUGAAAAUUUGCUCAGAACGUGGUGUGCACGAAUGACAUGCGUACAUGAUGGAGAACAUAGAGAUCUUGAACCCUGUCAAGAGAAUUUUCCUUUAUUACGCAAAUGGAGAAAAAGUAAACCCCCCAAAGCGACAGCAGAGACUUUGGAGGAAACUGACACCAUUGUUUUUGCUGAUCACGAACUGGGUCCGAAUGAAAUGCAUUUGGUGGCAAGACAUGUUGUUACGUCUGUGAUCACAUAUUUGAAGAACUUCAGAGCUGAAGUUUCAACAGAGGAAAAGUUGUCUCAUGUAUCUUCACCCUCAAAGAGAGAAAAUGCCGCAACAGAGCCUCUAAAAAACAUAUACAGUAAUUCUUCAAUUUAUCAGUUUUGUGAGCAUCUCUCAGAAUCAGUUAUCUGGUACCUAAUUUCAAACAUUUGUGAUGGCACCAAAGAAGGUAGCAAAGAGAAACCAUGGGAAGUCCAAGAUGCAAUAGGUUACAAAAAUAUCUCAAUUCAUUCUCAAGUACAUGAGAGCAGGUCUAUUUCCAUUAGAGAACUUGCCUUAAGUAUAUUCGAAGUUAUUAUUGAAAUUCUUUCUAAUGGCAACGUGGUAAUUGCUGACAAGGCCCACCAGGCUUCCAUAAAAGCAAAGUAUAUGUUCUGUCCAGGAGUGAUACCUUGUGACUUUGAUGAUAUCUUUCAAGAUCUCUUAAAAGGGGUGAUUUUUGUGUUGUCCAAAGUACUAAGAAUGAAUCAUUUUGAAAAUAAUGUAAGAAACAAGUCAUAUUCCACAUUUAGAAAUAAUGUGCCCAUUUUCAACAAAGUCAAUACCAUGGGAAGUCAGAUAGGCCCCAGGGACUGGGAAUCAUCUUACCGAACUGAUCAUCUUUCUCAGAGAAAUAAAUUAAAUUGCCUCUCAUCUAGGUUGAACAGUCUGGUUGGUAGCCUAAAAUCUCAUGAAUCCAAAGAAGUCGUCAAUGAAGUCUUUAAUAUUGUUUUAGAUUUGUUUUUACCAGAUGAAUCUCCAGAUGAUGAGAUAAGUCCCAGUAAACUAGCAAGAACAUUUUUCUCCUCAAAUAAUCAACAAAGUAAUGGAAUCAUUACAAAUAGUCUAGGGCUCUCCCCUAAAUCAAUUUUUCUUCUCAACAUUGUGUGUGAGAAGCUUAUUAGAACACUUCUAGAAAAGUGCACAGGCCCUGCGUUUUUUGAGGAUAGUUCACUUUUUCGUGAAGUAGCAGAAGAAUGUCAACAUUUGAAAGUACUUCAAAAUGUUCAAGGUGGAGGUUUUGAUUAUCCUAAGGCACCAAUGGACUAUGAACAAUUUCAAGGAGAUUACAAGUCAGACAUUUUGGAAAAUCUGGCAGACAUGGAUCAAGAUUUAUUAUCCUCAGACUGUAUACUUAAUUUUAUUUCCCACAGCUUGGUUAAGUCUCUGAUGGAUAAGCUAUCUCAUGGUUUUCAACAAACUCCUUUUGAAAACAAAUACAUGAACUACAGAACAAGCAAAAUAGAGCCUUUUUUCCCAAAAGCAAAAGGGCAAGAAUUAAUAGGAACAGAAUCAACUAAAGCCGAUGUAGAGUUUGUGACCUAUGACAAUAAUUUUCUUGCCAGGUCCUUUAAUAAUUUAAAUACAACUAACUUUAAAAGUCAAACACCAUUUGGCAAACAAUGUGCCGUAAAGCCUUUGUCUUUGUCUUGUCCUGACAGACAGGAAGCACGGAGAAUGAACUCAGUAUCCUUUCAUAAUCUGUAUCAAAGAGGUGUAAGUGGUGGUGUGUAUUCAGCCACAUUUCUGGAGGAGAUAAUCUUAGAAUUGUUCUUUAAUCUUUCUACAUCAUUGUGGAGGAAAAACAUAAACAUCACCGAAGCCUGGCUCAAUGAGAUAAAUACCUUACUAAUCACCAACGUAGUGAAAGAGUUAAAUAAUGCUCAAGUUACCGUUCUAAGGUAUCCUGAAGAAAGCUUAUAUUUUCCAUCAGCCCAUAAAAAAUGUGUUACUAAGAUCGUUGAGUCUGUUUAUUACAAUGUUUCAGAGCAAUAUGAAUUUAUAGCAACCUGUAGUAAUAAUCUGCCGUUUGAUAAUCUUUCAGUAGCUGAACAAAUAUCUAAUGGAAUGUUGUUAGAGAUUGUAGAUUAUCAGCUUCCAUCUUGCUUCAAGGGAAUGUUCAAGUCAAAUUUAUACCACACUCUCAAUGCUGAAAUCAUACUCUAUAAGCUUCAAAAUAAUCUAAGAAAAUGUAUUUCUGAACCCAUGUCUCCCAAAGAUUACAGUACCAUGUUUCCACAAUCAUUUUUAGAGUAUGUCAUCAGAAGACUUUUAGCUCAGCUUAUUCCCCUGCCUGCUGAGCCUUCAUCUUUAGGAAAAAAGUAUUUGAUGAGUUCUGAUUUUAAUGAAAUGUCCAACUGCAUAACAAAUAAGGUUAUGUCAGCCAUUUCAAAACAUAAAAUCUGUUUCACUAUCUGUGAUAAUCAAUAUCUGCAUACAGAUAAAAACCUCCAAAAGAUGGUAGAUUCUGUUUACAGUAAUAUUUUACAAAUGUCUGAUUCUCUUGAUUUAAUACAGAAAAAUAUAAUCAGCCGAAGCCCAAUUAUGAUUGACCAAAUAGCCAGUUUCAUUAUUCAAGAGAUUAUUGAAAACCAUCUUCAGCCAUUUUUGUGUGGAGAGAGUUUGUCUCGCCCCAAAACUCCACUGGAUGAGGUAUCUUACAUGGUCAAGGAAGUUUUCAGUGAAGCUGUAGAGUCACACAGACCUCAGAGGCCAUCAUCCUUUAGCGUUUACCCUGAGCAGUUUGUAGGGGAAAUCGUUACCAGAGUUUUAUCAAAGAUUUUUAGUCCUAAGCCUAGUACUAAUGUGGAGAUGGAAAAUAUGACCCAAAAAAUAGUAAACUCAGUGAACAAUCACUUAGACAAAGCUAAGAUUCCUGUUCUAUGUGAUAAGAAAUUGUCCUUUCCCUUUGGUGGUGAGGAUAUUGUGGACGAACUUGUCACCUCAGUCUAUAGGAAUGUUCUGAGGCAGCACGGGCUCGACCCUGACAUCGACGAGUCUGAAAAUGGUGACGCUUUUGUGGAAAACAUUUCCAAGUUAAUCAUGGCAGCUAUAUCAGACUACCUUCUUCACCCCUUGUUUUCUGGUGAUUUGUCAUCUGCUCCCUGCUAUAAUUCAAUGACUGAUAGCAUUGUUUAUAAUGUUCUUGGUAGUACUGAUAAGCCUAGAAAUGCAAACCAGGCCUCGCCUCCAUAUAAUACAUUACUGCCAUAUACAUUUUUAGAAGAUAUGAUCAGAGUACUAUUAUCUAAAAUUUUCCCUUCAUUGCCUACAAAGGCUUCAAACAUGGGAGCUCCAAAGGACAAAGAAGGAGUAAAUUUUAAUGAAAUUGCUUCCAAUCUGAUCAGUGAUAUUAGGAGAAAAAUUUCCCAACAUGAAAUUAAAGUUUCAAAGGAUGAAGAAAAAAACAAGUUUUUUUACUCGGAAGACAAUGUCCAGCAUCUCGUUGACUCUGUUCUCAAGAAUAUUUUAGAAAACGCCGGUUCUCAAGAAUCAGUGGAACAAAAUAUCACAAAGAGUAGUGAUGUUUUCAUCGAUAAAAUAGCAGGCUUCAUUAUUAAAUAUAUCUGUGAACAGCACCUUCAGCCAUUUGUGGAAAAAAAGCAAGUGUCUACUUCAUCAUACAAAUGCUUUGAUGAUAAUGAAGAGCGUGUAUUUUAUGCUAGUGCUUAUCCUUCACCUUUUUUGGAAGAUGUGGUCUCUGGGGUAGUAGGCAAAGUAUUUCACAGGGCUGUUGGCAUUGUACAAGUGGAGUCAACAAGAAAUUCAGAAAAUGUUUUGUUUGAUAAAGCUGAAAACCUCAUAUAUUGGAUAACAGAGGAAUUUUCAAAAGCCCAGGUUACCACUAUAGAGAAUGCUGAGGAACUGUGUUUUUCCCCAGUAGAAAAAGAUGUGCUCAUGAACAUUGUUGACACUGUGUACAGCAAGGUUUUAGAAGAAUAUGAAAUGGAAACCAUGCCUAAUAAUGAUUUUCUGCAUGACACAAAGGCAUUGGCUGCUCAGAUAACCAAAAUCAUUCUGACGGAAAUUCUUGAUUUCCAAAUUCCACCAGAUGUUGCAACAAAUCUGCCUUUAAGCUUUCAUUCCAAACUUAGUCAAAAUGUUUUGGUAAACAGAGUUCAUCAUGACAUUAGUAAGUCAAUAUUUCGAAGACAGGCUUCAACAAUAUAUACUACCAUGCUUUCUCAUGUUCAUUUAGAGAAGAUUGUCACUCGGCUUAUGUCUCAAAUAAGCCCAUCGCAUUCCACCAUGGAGCUUUCUGACUCUUCUCAAUCAGACCUAAGUAACACAGUCAUAAAACUGAUAAAUGAAAUCAUGUCAAUAAUUUCAAAACAUGCAAUAUGUAUUGUAAAACAUGGAAAUGAAAAACAGAGUAUGAUUUCAGAAAAGGAAAUUCAGACAAUGGUUGAUUCCAUUUAUGCUGAUCUUUCCUGUUCAGAUCUAUACCAAUCUCUCUCAAAAGAUAAAAAAGGUCUAAGUAGCAUACCUGUUUCAAAAAUAGCAAGUUGUAUAAUAAAGGAGGUCUUCAAUCAUCAUCUAGAGUCAUUCUUAGCAGGAGAUAAAAGUAUUCUUUCAGCUCCAGUUGCUCGAACCUGCCAGCCGAAAGCAACAAACUCUAGCCAAAGAGAAUUGUCGUUCAUUGUGAACUCAGCUGUCUUUUUGGAGGAAGUAAUUACUGAGCUUGUCUGCAAAAUUCUUCAGACAUUCAUACGGAACUGCUUGGCUGAUGAAACCCCAGAGAAAGCAAUCGCCAAAAUAAUGGACAUUGCUACAACAUUAGUAAAAUCAAUUGUUUUAGAGUUCACCACAUCUGAGAUUUUAGUUGCAGAACAUUUGGAUGAGAGUCUAUGGUUUUCAGAGACAUAUAAAGAAAUGAUUCAAAAGACAGUCAAUUCCGUUUACGCAAAUCUGUUAGAUGAAUAUAAAUCUCUGACUCAGCUACACAGGGCUGUACAACAGGGCACUUCUUGUUUUGGAGGGAAAAUAUACCAUUUCCUAUUGGAAGAAAUUUAUGAUUAUCAGGUGCAGUCAUUAGUUUCAGGAGAAUUAAUGCCUUCUUCUUACUCUUCCCCUGAAGCUGCAAACAUCAUCAAAAAUGUGCUCAGUGUCAUCUUGAAGGACACCAAUGCUUUGCCAUCGUGCAUCACAGUGCUCCCUUGCUCUCUAAUAGAAAAUAUGAUUUACAAGCUUUUAGGAAGCAUCUUCCCUCCAGAUGACACUGAAAAUGAACUAAAGGAGAAAGAGGUUAUGCCAGAUGAGGAGGACGAGUUCCUGGCUGCAGCCUCAAAGCUGAGCGAUGAUAUCAUAAAAGAAAUUUAUGAAUAUGAGAUCAGAUUUGCCAUAGCAGAGGAGGAUGAAGCCAGCCCACAGGAAGAAACUUCUGAGAAUUUUGUUGACUCUGUAUGUAAUAAUAUUUUGAAAAAAACUGAAUUCCAAGCAGAAGUACAGAAAGGUGCACACAAAAAGGGAAGAUCGUUCCUCAGUAAAGUAGCUGGCUUCGUUAUUAAGGAAAUGAUGGAUCACCGAUUGCGACCAUUUUUGUAUGGUGAAAACUCGCCUCCUAAAAACAUACCUGAUUAUGGCGAUGCUUCUGUUGUUGCAAAGUCUGGGAAGGAAAAGGCACAACCCUCUUUGUUUUCAGCUGCAUUUUUAGAAGACGUAAUUGUUGACCUUGCUCACAAGUUUUGUUCUUUUGCAACUCCUACUGAAGAUUCUAGGAAAAAGGACAAGUCAGAGGCAGAAAUUGUAAGCUUAGCUAUCAACUUUGCAAAUUCUCUGGUACGGGAAUUCAGGAAAAGUGAAAUUAAAGUUUUACCACACGCUGAAGAAAUAUUUUCUUUCCCACCAGUUGGGAAGGAGACAGUUGAUAAGAUAUCAAAUAUUGUGUAUGAUCAGUUUGUAGGGAAAUUUGGGUCUGAUGGUCUUCAGAAAGGUGACACUGGAAACACUGCUAUAGAAAUGGUUUCUUCUUUGGCCCAGAAGGCUAUCUCUUCAUUUAAGAUUCAGCCACUAUUUUCAGGAGCCUGGUGUUCAACUUUCUUUUCAUUUCUAGACCCAGAAAAUAUCACCCAAAGGGUUCAGCUCCUACCAGAGAAGACAUCCACGCAGGUUAAAACAACCUUAAACCAGACACAGCUUGCUCUAUCUAAAGAUACAUCAGUGAAAAAAGAUGAUACUCAAGGUCCAAUACUUAGCUCUAUUGCUAACAUUAUGAAAAGCAAUGUUAUCAACCUCACAUCAGGAUCAACUGCAGAUGUCACAGACACAAAGAAAGAUGAUGAAAGAAAACUGAAGUCUGCCAGUCAUAAAGAUGAAAAUAGCUCAAAAGUUCUGUCGUCAAAAACCAGUAGGAAAAGUAAAGGUACUCAGGAACAGCAUUUGAGUGACAAAUGUAAAAGUGAUGAAACUCAGAAAGAGAACUUAGUUGUAAUGAAUCAGCAGGGGAAGUUUCUUGAAGUAUACACCCAUUUUGCAGUUGCUGAUGAGAAUAGUCCUGAGAAGGGGGCACGUAGAUGUGAUUUUGAAACAGUCAAUAAAAAGAAAAUUGACAGAAAAUCCAGUAAAGGUUCAGUGAAAACAGAUGACAAUUCCAAGAGUAAGAGUAAGAUUAAAGAGACCAAGAGAGGGAAAACUAUAAAAAUAGCCCAGGUGCCAAUCAAGGAAGAGUGUGGAGAGACUGUAGCUGAAAUAUAUGUCCCUGGAGAACAGAACUCAGAAACUGAACGUGUUGAAAAUGUCAUUGAAAAUAUUUAUGACAAUGUUUUAAUGCUAUCACAAGAGGCAUUGGAUUUUUCCAAGCCAACAUACAACAGAAGCCUUGUAAGUGAUAAACCACUGGCCAUACUUCAAGAUCCUACACAGCCUGUUCCAACAAAGGAUUUGUCCCCAUCAGUUAGCAAAGACUCCAUUGCCAAAAAGAAGGAAAGCAAAAAAUCAGAAAAGAAAAGAAAAGCAGAGAAGAGUGAGAUAAAAGGAGAGAAAAACAUUAAAAUUCAGCCUCGUAUGCUGGAGCAUCCUCCAUCCUCACUGGAGAGUAAACCUGGGAUUGUUCCGGCUAAAUUUCUAGAAGAUGUGAUCAUUGAAAUGGUGAGCAAACUUGUAUUUGCAUUUCCACCAGAAACACAAAAGUGUGAUAAAGCUACAGAUGUAAAGGAUAAUCAGAAUCAAGAUGAACUUUUUGACAUAGCUAUGAGACUCAUCGAUUCGAUGUUGAAGGAAUUUUCAGAUGCAGAACUUAAAGUAUUUAGGCCAGAAGAGGAAAAAGAGAUAGCCCCACAAGUGGUCAAAGAAUCAGGUCAGAUGGUCCCUCCUGGGUUCAAAGAGGCAGCCCCGGAAGUACCACCGUGCAGCAUGAGCACUGAAGGAGGGGACAAAGCACCACACAUUCCAACAUCUGAGCAAUCCUCCCUCGAUGAGGUGCCUCCCAGUAACAGAAUGCCGUCGAUUGAAAAAGCCGUAGUGAACAAAAUUGUUCACUCUUGUGUUUGUAAUGUUUUAAAGGAAUGUAAAUCUCAAGAGUCUGUUUGCAAGAACAUCAACAAUAAUGGGGAAAAUCUAGCAAAAAGAUUAACUGGCACAGUGAUAAAUGAAAUUUUUCAGCAUCAGCUCAACCUGCUACUUUCUGAUGAGAUACCAGCUUCAGCAUGCAUGCCUCUGGAGUCCAAGGAUGUUGAGGAAAAGGUCCAAAAGGUGGUGCAGACAGUCAGUAAAGAAUGCCAGACCUCAUCUCCGUACACCAUAAAGUUGCCUUUCAAGUUUCUAGAUGAUGUGAUUUCUGCUCUCUUAGCAAAAGUCUUUUCACAACUAUACAAUAUCAAAACUAGAAUACCUCAAGAAAAUCUGUUGACACAACUUGAAUUCCUUCAAAUGAAGUUAGUAAGUACAGUUGCAGAUGAGAUUUCCAAAAAUGAAGAUUUGGAUAUACAGUACGUAGAAUCCUUGCAUCCAAAUGAUGAUGAAGUCGUUCAAUUGGUGGUUCAGACAAUUUAUAAUAAUCUUCUGCCACAGUUUGGAUCUGAGGAAAUCUUACAAAAUUGUAUCGUCAGUGGAUGCAAGCUCCUCUCACGAACCAUAGUUGACUUAGUUCUACGAGAAGUGGCUGGCAACCAGUUACAGAACUAUUUUGGUGGCGAGUUGACUCCAUAUCAGUGUGCAGAAGUGGACAAUGUUGUUGAAAACAUCCUCACCAAUGUUGCCUUAACUACUCCAACACAGCCGUCGCGCCCGCAUAAACUGUCGCGUGACGUAAUAGAAGCAAUUGCUGUAAAAUUCUUAUCCAAGCUUUUAUCUGUGUUUCCAAAAGUGCAAACAGAAAUAACUAACUCUGAAGAAACAGAUAUGCAAAACAUAGCUUCAAAAAUAGUAAAUUCAAUCCAACAAUUUAUCUCCAAAAGUAAGAUCAAAGUUGUGCAGCCUGCCAAGGAGUCGGACAGUGCGCCUUCAGCUGACAAUGCGGCUAUUGAGAAGGUAGUUAAUUCGGUUUAUGCCAAUCUUUUAAAACACUCUGGCUCUCCUACCUCUGUAUUUGAAGAUUUAAUGGGUAAGAGUGAUGUCCUUUCUGACAUAAUAGGACUUUCAAUGGUGAAGGAGAUUUCCAAUUCUGAAUUUCAACCUCAAGGAGAGGAAGAACUUCCAAGCUCAGAAUUGGCUCUAGAAGCUGUCAAAAUUAUGGAAAAAGUGGUGAAAAUUAUCGACGAACUUAAAUCCCAGGAAAAAUCUGCAUCUGUAAAGGAUUUAAUAUUAGACUCUAAAGUUUUAGAAGAAGCGUUGGCCUUGUUCUUGGCUAAACUAGUAAGGAAGCCUGGUGUGGCAAGCAAAGACACAGACAGUUUAACAAAGCCCGAGCUAAAUACGAUCGCAUCUCAGCUGACAAAGUCUGUAUCCGCUGAAAUCUCCAAAAGUAACAUUAGUCUUGUGGAUUCAAAUCCUGAAGAACAAUCAUUAGAUCCAGAAAAUAUUGAAAUGAUUUCUCAGAUUAUUGAGUCUGUUUAUAGUAAUGUAAUAAUGCAAUCUGAAUCCCAUAACGAACCCAAUGAUACGAAAGGUACAAAGGUUUUCCCUAAAAAAGUGGCUAGCUUAAUUGUCGAUGGAGUUUCAAGCGCUCCGUUAAGUAGAGUUAGCACAAAGAGCUCUUACUCUGCUCUUGGAGAUCUAGACACAGACAGGAUCAUUGAAAAGGCACAAAAGCAUACGGCACAAAUGGCCUCUGACUCUGACAAAGAGUUCGACGAUUUAUUAGGAGACCAACUUCCGGUUAGAAUAAUUCCACACAUCAGGAAUAAACCACUGAGAAUAGAUCCAAACAUAAUCUCCGAACACUUGGCGGUCAUUUCUAUGAAAACCCAGCCUCUGGAGACACUUAAGAUGGACUGCAUAAGGAGAACUGGACGCAGCAUCGCGGAGCUGAGAAGAGCAUCCAUAAGCGGAAAAGGCCCCUCUUCCCAGGAUGUGUCCGAAUUAGGAACCAGACAAAAAGAAAGGCGCAUCUCACUGGACAGGACGGGCCGGCUUGAUGUGAAACCUUUGGAGGCUGUUGGCAGAAAUUCAUUUCAAAAUGUAAGAAGGCCUGAUAUCACCAGAGUAGAACUUUUGAAGGAUAUUAAUAGCAAAAAAGAUCUGAUUAUUCGGUUAGUAGCUCAUGAUAUUGGUCAAAAAGAUUCAGAAAGUAGCUUCAGAGAGGGCAUCGUUUCUGAUGAGGAGGAGAUUGUUUUGGGAGAGGUUGUUGGACACCAGUGUUUAAAAGAAAUUUCUGAAGACCAAGUUCAAGAAGUUGUGAAACCCGUAGAAACCCAAGUUGUUUCUCCCAAGACGAGCACAAGCAGCCUGAGAAAGUUCUUAUCACUAAGCAAAUGCUGUCAUCCCACAUCUGGCGAAAAUAUUGAAAUCAUUGAAACAACUGGAAAUCAGACAGCACCCAGUGAGACACAGGCUGAAAGAGCUGCUUCUGAGCUCCGUGUGUCCUCUCCCAAAAGCCUGGCAGAAGCAUCAUCUUGUAGGGACAAGACACAAUAUAAGAAAGAAGAAAUCCAUGUUACUGAACCAACACAGCACUUCAUACACAGAAUUAUGAGUUCAUCAUCAUACAACCAAGACGAGCUUCUUUCCAGUGAAGCAGAAGAAUGUGUACCAGAUCCAAAGGCUAAUGCAUUAGAAGAAAGUUCUCAGGAACUACACACAAGCGACUCAAACAGUGUUCAGUUUAUCACCAUCUUUGAAGGAUCAAAAAGUGUGGCCAGCUGUUCACGUCCCUCAAAGGAAUAUGUUUCAGAAAUGGCCAAGAACAUUAUUUCCAAGCAAGGCUCUAAAGUGCUAGCAAAGGUAUCUUCAACUCUGUCAAAGGUGUUCUCCCGCUCCAGUGGCAGUAUUCCAAAAUCAUCCUCACCACCUCACCAGGAAAAACGCGGAGGCUUCUCCACCUGA